UGUUGCUCACAAUAAAUCAGGGAGUUGGCUGCUCAGCACUCUUUGUUGCUGUGCUAAAAUUAACUGUUUCUGUGUGGACAAUGAAUUGCUCUCAUGACCUGUCUCCAAUUGAUAUAGUUACAUAUGUAACGGAGGAGUUGCAACAAAACUAUAAAAAAAGCUGUAGCACUAAAGAAAAAGCUAAAUUAUUUGAUGAUUUUUUUGAGCGUUGGACUAAUUCUAAGCAUGAUAUUUCCAUUGCAAAGCUAAAAUCCUUUAAGUUCGACUUUGCAGCUGAUUUGGAUUGGUUUAAUGUUACUCAAGCGCUGUCGCUGCGGCAAUUGAACGGAAAAAUAGUCCUGCUGGACUUCUUUACCUACUGCUGCAUAAACUGCAUACACGUUUUGCCCGAUUUGUAUGCACUGGAAAAUCGAUUCCCUAUAGAAAACGGGCUCGUCAUUGUUGGUGUCCAUAGUCCCAAGUUUGCAAACGAACGCAUAGCCGAUAAUAUUUUAUCGGCAGCUCAACGAUAUGGCAUCACACAUCCUAUUGUCAACGACUCACAUUCGGAAUUGUGGCACGCUCUAGGCAUUCGUUGUUGGCCGUCAAUCUUGUUAUUGAGUCCAGAUGGUGUGCCUAUGUUAUUACUGAUGGGUGAGGGUCAUGGAUCAUUCCUGCAAGAGUUUAUAGACGCGGCGCUGUCCUAUUUUGGACGCCUCAAUACUAUUGAGAACUUUAGUUUGCCAUUGAAGCUGUCUACACAUAUGCAACCAGCAUCCAACUUACGCUUUCCAGCAAAAAUAGCUAGAAGUCAGCUUGGUCAUCGCUAUGCGAUAGCAGAUGCUGGUAACAAUCGUGUGCUUGUUGUGUUAAAUGACGGUGUUGUCGAGCACAAAAUUGGAGGAUUUGAGAGCGGUUUUAUUGACGGUGACUUGACAACAUCACGGUUUAAUAAUCCUCAGGGAAUUGCUUUUCUCGAUGAAGAUACUCUAAUCGUAGCCGAUACUAAAAAUCACGCUUUGCGACAAAUUUCUUUACAAGGUGGAAUUGUUGAAACACUAGCUGGGACAGGACAUCAAUGCAGCGAACGCACAGGUGGACGUACAGGGCCGGUACAAUCCAUGUCGUCCCCCUGGGAUGUCGCAAUCUUCCGCACGCCAGACAUGGAUAUGUCUUUUCAUCUCGAUGAACGUAAUGUUUUGGAAAAAACAAUCAUACUAAUUUCUAUGGCAGGAACGCAUCAGAUUUGGGGUUACUUUCCUGAAGGAAUUAUAUGGUGGAAAUUUCGCAAGUUUGAGCCACGAUGUUGCGUUUCGUUGAUUGGAAAUGGCUUGGAAGAGAAUCGCAACAAUUCGUAUCCUCAGAACGCGGCAUUUGCUCAACCAUCAGGUAUUGCCAUGGCUGAGGAUUUCUUGUUUAUUGCGGACAGCGAGAGUUCAAGUAUUCGAAAAGCAUCUAUGCUUGAUGGAAAGGUGAUGCCUGUGGUUGGUGGAGAUCGGAAUCCUCUGAAUCUUUUUGCGUUUGGUGAUCUUGACGGAAAACUAUUCAACGCAAAACUCCAGCAUCCUCUGGGUGUGGCUUAUAAUCAUGUUGAUGACAAGGUUUAUGUCGCUGAUACUUAUAAUCACAAAAUUAAGGUUAUCGAUCCUAAGACAAACAGCAUUUCAACAUUAUCCAUAAAAAAUAAGGAAGGAAAUCCGAUUUCUUUUAAAGAACCAGCAAGUAUAUGUAUAUCGGCGGAUGGAAAUCAGUUGUUGGUGGCUGAUACCAACAACCACACUAUUGUUGAAGUAGAUCUAAAAACACUUUCAUCCCAACCAUUUUUACUGGACUUUAGCCGAGUUACCACCGCUAACGAGACGGAGAAUAAAAAUCAGUGCUUGUUUUUCAAAACCCUACCAUGUUAUCAUAAAAGCACUAUAAACUUUAUAAUAAUGUUAUCAGCAAAUCUGAAGUAUGCAACUGAGUCUCCACAGAAGUGGUCACUAACAAGCUUGAAUAAAGGUUUUAAGGUAAAUUCUACAAGUGGAUGUUUGGACAAAGGAUUUGUUGAACUGGAAGUUGAGCUUGUCGAAAAUAUUUUGAUUGAUCACAAUAAUCCAAUAUUUAUCAUUCAGUUCUUGUUGAAUCUAUGUGACACAAAGUAUUGUCUUAUGAAAAGGUUCUCCAUUGUUAUUAAUCAAGACUGCACUAAGACCGUCGAGAAGACUCCCCAAAUUCGACACGAUAUAAAUAUAAAUAUUGAUCGUUCAAAAAUAAGUUUAUAAUUUAACUGUGUUUUUAAUCUAUUUUACAGUUAAAAAAUAAAAUGUUUUACAAUGUUUAAAUUACAGUCAAA